UAUUACACUAACUUCUUUGCCUGCCGGGCGGGCAUGUGGAUAUCGUUGUCAUUUCUCUCUCUAAAGCUUUCUUCUCUCUUCACUCUCUCUCUCUAAACGAUCGCUAUCUUUGAAAGGAAAAAAACCGAUGACCUCAACAAAUCCGGUGGUCGGUGAAGCACUACCGUCGGAAACAAUUACAGAUGCUACUGCUGAGAUGACGACCACGACGGUUUCUUCUUCUUCUUUAUCGACGGAAGCUGGGGAAGCACCGGAGAAGAAAGUGAGGAAAGCUUACACGAUCACUAAGUCCAGAGAGAGUUGGACUGAAGGAGAGCACGAUAAGUUUCUGGAAGCUCUUCAAUUGUUUGAUCGGGACUGGAAAAAAAUAGAAGACUUUGUUGGUUCAAAGACAGUUAUUCAGAUCAGGAGCCAUGCCCAAAAAUACUUUUUAAAGGUCCAGAAAAAUGGGACUUUAGCACAUGUGCCACCCCCUAGGCCUAAGCGCAAAGCUGCUCACCCAUAUCCUCAAAAGGCAUCGAAGAAUGCUCAAAUGUCGCUUCACGUUUCCAUGACUUUUCCUCCUCAAAUAAAUAACCUUCCUGGCUAUACUUCAUGGGAUAAUGAUACCUCUGCAUUGCUAAACAUAGCCGUAAGCGGGGUUACUCCACCAGAAGAUGAACUUGAUGCUUUUUGUGGACCAGAAGUUGUUGUUGGAUCAAAUGGCAUACAAAAUGAGAGUAGUCCUUCAGCAUCUGGUAUAGGAAGCUCAAGCAGAACACUAUCAGAUUCCCAAGAUUUAAGACUGGCAAAACCAGCUCCCUCAAUGCAUGGUCUUCCUGAUUUUGCUGAGGUUUAUAAUUUCAUUGGGAGUGUCUUCGAUCCUGACAGCAAGGGCCGCAUGAAAAAACUCAAGGAAAUGGAUCCUAUAAAUUUUGAAACUGUUCUGCUGUUGAUGAGAAACCUCACAGUGAACUUGUCAAACCCUGACUUCGAACCGUCUUCUGAACACGUUGAUGCUGCAGAGGAAGGUCCUGAACACUUAAGGUCGUAGCUGUUAGUGCUGGAACACUGAUCAAGAACUCAACAAGUUAUAUCUCUUUUUGACGACUUCUUCUUGCUGGCAGCAAUUGUUGACCAGCUAUCAAAUGCUUCUUACGGUUGUUGCCUGAAGAGAACAUAAAUGAGGCGUCACAAACAAGAGGAACAUAUGCAGUUUAGGUCAGAGAACCAGUGGGGGUGAAUGGUAGAUAUAUGUACUUGUGUGUGUGUAGAAAAUGGUUACCAAAUGUAUCUUCUUUUUGAUAAUUAUUUGUUCAUGCGUUUUGUAAUAUGUCUUUUCUUUACCUCUCUAUUUCUGAUUGGUUAUUUUUUGGUUAUCUGUUUAACCAAAGCUAUGUAUGUAACACGUUAGCAAAUUGUUACUUAACUCAUAAGUGAGAUACAUAACUCUGUUGUAUUGUACUUGUAAGUUGUAAGCAUUAACUUCCAUGUUCUGUCUCCA